AUUCAAGGCGCGUGCCUGCAAGUGAAGCGGCAGCAGCGGCACGCGCAUCCUCCCCGGAUCCAGAUCAGAGAGCAUCUGCAGUGGCCGAGCGUCUCUCAGCAGCCCCGGACCCGCACCAUGAGCCCGCAUCACGCCUGAUGGUGGUGCGUUGGUGAACCGCUCAGCAGAUCGACGUGGCAUCGCGUGCAGGAGCCCGGACUCCACCAUGAAGCUGCUCCUUGUGAUGACUUUCUUAUUCCGCCAGGCAUUUUCCGGUUCUCCCAGCGUCCAGAUCGGUGGUUUGUUUCCCAGGGGCGCGGAUCAGGAGUACAGCGCAUUCAGAGUUGGGAUGGUUCAGUUUGGGAUGGCAGAUUUCAGACUCACUCCACAUAUAGACAACCUGGAGGUGGCCAACAGCUUUGCUGUUACAAACUGCUUUUGCUCCCAGUUCUCCCGGGGCGUCUAUGCCAUAUUUGGCUUCUAUGACAAGAAGUCGGUCAACACCAUCACCUCCUUUUGUGAGACACUCCAUGUCUCCUUCAUCACACCGUCUUUCCCGGCAGAAGGAAUGAAUCAGUUUGUUCUGCAAAUGAGGCCAGACAUCAAGGGGCCUCUAGUUGCGUUGGUGGAGUACUAUAAGUGGGAGAAGUUUGCCUACCUGUAUGACAGCGACAGAGGUCUUUCUACCCUUCAGGUGAUUCUGGAUACUGCAGCAGAGAAAGAGUGGGUCGUAACAGCAAUAAAUGUAGGAGACCUGAAAGAUGAGAGUAAGGAUGAAGCUUACCGCUCCCUCUUUCAGGACCUGGAGAUCCGUAAAGAACGACGCAUCAUCCUGGACUGCGAACAAGAUAAAGUCAAAGAUAUUAUGGAGCAGGUGAUCACUAUAGGCAAACAUGUGAAGGGACACCACUACAUCAUCGCCAACUUAGGAUUUUUGGAUGGAGACAUCUCUAAAAUCCAGUAUGGAGGUGCAAAUGUAUCUGGAUUUCAGAUAGUUGACUUUGACAAUCCUGUGGUGGCAAAGUUUGACCAACGGUGGGAAGCUUUGGAGGAGAAGGAGUAUCCUGGAGCAGAUACACGAAUCAGAUACACCUCUGCCCUGACCUACGACGCAGUCAACGUGAUGACUGAGGCGUUUCGCUUCCUGCACAAGCAGAGAAUAGACAUGAGUCGCCGUGGCAACAGUGGGGACUGCCUAGCUAAUCCCGCAGUGCCCUGGGCUCAGGGCGUUGAGAUUGAACGUGCCCUCAAGCAGGUUCAAGUUAAUGGUUUAACUGGAAACAUUCAGUUUAACCAGCAUGGGAAGCGAACCAACUACUCAGUGGCAGUCAUGGAGCUUAAGAACAGCGGACCGCUAAAGAUUGGCACCUGGAGUGAAGCGCAUAAGUUUGAGGCGGACAAACAAGAUAUAAAUAAUGACACGACGGGAAUAGAAAACAAAACCGUCAUCGUUACAACUAUACUGGAAGCUCCGUAUGUGAUGCUAAAGAAGAACGCUGAUGAGCUUCAAGGCAAUGAUCGCUACGAAGGCUACUGUGUUGACCUGGCUGCAGAAAUUGCAAAGCACUGUGGAAUACGCUACAAACUUCGGAUCGUCGGAGACGGUAAAUACGGAGCAAGAGAUGCUGAGACCAAGAUCUGGAACGGGAUGGUUGGAGAGUUGGUGUACGGGAAAGCAGAUAUAGCAGUUGCUCCCCUGACGAUUACUCUUGUUCGAGAAGAGGUGAUUGAUUUCUCCAAACCUUUCAUGUCCCUGGGAAUCUCAAUCAUGAUCAAAAAGCCUCAGAAGUCCAAACCCGGCGUCUUCUCCUUUCUGGACCCACUGGCCUAUGAAAUCUGGAUGUGUAUUGUCUUCGCCUACAUCGGAGUCAGUGUUGUUCUCUUUCUGGUGUCGAGGUUCAGCCCAUAUGAGUGGACGCUUGAGGAGCCAGAGGACGGAGCUUUGCCGCUGACGACCGAAUCAACCAACGAGUUUGGGAUCUUUAACUCUCUUUGGUUCUCGCUGGGUGCAUUCAUGCGACAGGGCUGUGACAUUUCACCAAGGUCUCUUUCAGGUCGUAUAGUUGGAGGGGUGUGGUGGUUUUUCACUCUGAUCAUUAUCUCGUCAUACACGGCCAACCUGGCUGCCUUCUUGACGGUGGAGAGAAUGGUUUCUCCCAUUGAGAGUGCUGAGGAUCUCGCCAAGCAGACAGAGAUUGCUUAUGGGACGCUGGACUCCGGGUCAACCAAAGAAUUUUUCAGGCGCUCUAAAAUCGCUCUGUUUGACAAGAUGUGGCAGUACAUGAAAUCCGCAGAGCCUUCUGUGUUUGUCAAGAAAACAUCGGAGGGCGUCCAGCGUGUGAGGAAGUCCAAAGGGAAGUACGCCUACCUGCUGGAGUCCACCAUGAACGAGUACAUCGAGCAGAGGAAGCCCUGCGACACCAUGAAAGUGGGAGGAAACCUGGACUCCAAAGGCUACGGGAUUGCCACGCCCAAACAAUCCCCAUUAAGAGUGCCAGUAAACCUUGCCGUAUUGAAACUGAAUGAGCAAGGGACCCUAGACAAGAUGAAAAACAAGUGGUGGUACGAUAAAGGAGAGUGUGGCUUCAAGGACUCCACCAAUAAGGAAAAGACCAGCGCUCUGUCGCUUAGUAACGUGGCAGGAGUUUUCUACAUCCUGGUUGGAGGUCUGGGUCUGGCCAUGAUGGUAGCACUGGUAGAGUUCUGCUACAAGAGCCGUGCUGAAGCCAAAAAAAUGAAGAUGAAAUUCACGGAUGCAAUGCGCUCAAAAGCUCGUCUGUCUAUCACUGGGUCAACGAGUGAGAACGGCCGUGUUCCAGUGGCUUACCUUCGCCCAGGAUUACCCAUGAGCCUCAGUAUGACUGACCUCUCAUGACCUCACACAAGUCAGUGCCUUACAGCCAGUCAACACACUUUCAUCGAUCCCCGCUGUAAGGGAAGUGGACAGGAAGCGUUGCCCUCUUUGAGAAAAAGAAAAGACAUAUUACCAGUAAUGAUAACAGGCAACCCGCCCCGCUUUCUGAUCUGGAUUUUAGUCAUUCAAAACUCUAGAAACUCUCAAAUCCUUUACAUCUGGUCUGUAAAAACAAGGCAGAUGUCCUUCUGAAAAGACCUGCCCACUUGUAAAGUGAAUCAAACAAAGAUCGAAGGGAGAGACGGCUGGUCCUAGUCAAAUCCAUGACAAACAAUCAAGCACAGAGGACAGUUUUUUAAGUCAAAUAUUACUUGUUUUGUAGAUUUUUGCCAUGGAGGCUUCUCUUGUACAGAAAACAAGGACAGCAGUGACGACGAUGUUCAUGCAAUAACAACAGUUAUCAGGGACGCGAUCAGAAACUGUGGGGAUACAAGCUGGACCUUGUUUGAAAUGUGUUAAAAGUGCCAUGAACAAAAAACUGAUGUCCUGAAAUAUCAGUCUGUAUUGUGAUAGAUAAUGAUGUGAUUGUUCCGGGUUUUUUUCUUUCGUUAGCCUGUAAAUCCUUAUUUGAGAAAAACACACAAACUUUAACAGGAGUUCUUGUUGGUGCGGCUCUGGGAUUUUAAUUAUGAUAUUUAGUGAUGCUGUUAAAAACACCAAACUCAUGCAAAUAAGGCGGGCAUUCAUUCUUUCAGCUACGUCAAUAUGAUGAGUUACAAACUUUCUUUUCACUACAUAUUGUAGUCAAAACCUUAUUACCAGUAUUAACAUUUUCUCUUGUUAAUGAACAGUGUUCUAUCUGAACUACUAUUUUAGCUACACUCCACUUUUACAAAAUACUCCAAAAAAUGAACUUAUCUGAGGUUAGCCAAAGAGUCGAGCUUCCCCUGGGUGAAUUCCCAGCAAGUUCUGGGUUUUCCCAGUUCACUUCCCAGUUGGACUUCCCUAAACCCCCAGUUACAAUCUGAGGAUAAACCUCAGCUACUUACUCUCUAGCUGUGUUUCCAUUACAAAUCUGCGUAAAACUUAUUCGAAAUUCAGCUAAUGGCAAAAAAAAUACAAUUCCACAAUUGGGGUGUUUCCAUUAAAUAAGAAAUUAAAUUAAGAUCACAUGUGAAUAAGUUUGUUCAUUAAAAGUUAUAGCAGCGACGGAUGUAAACGGUUACGUUACACCAGAGACAGUUGGACGUUCAACAAUAAUCAAAUACAUUCUUUGGACCAAAAGUAUGAAAAUUAAAACCGAGUAGCAAAACCUGAACUAAAAUUAAAUAUUUGACUAAUAAUAACUAUUAGAAACUAGCAAACACACUCUAAAAACUAACUUUGAAUUAGACAAACAAAAAAGUCUUAUUCAAAGAUUUAUACUACAAUGAAAAAAACAGAUUUUCGCUCUUACCUUCAUUUUGCACCAGAAACUUUUACUGCAGGUUCAUAAAGAGAAGAACGCCUGUCGUCAUUUUUAUGUUCAGCAUUGCUGAGCACCAAAAACCUGAACUAAACCACUACUCAUCUUAGAAUUAAAAUUGGAUAUUUUAGCACAGUGUUAGUUAGUUCAGUUUUUAUCAGAUUUUUGACGCUAAAAUGAUAAAGGAGAAGUGUAAUCGUAUUAUAAAGCGAUCCAGUGGUCCACAUGUAUGGAAAUGUCCAAAUGUAACGAGGGAAAAUAAAAAAUAGAUGGUUUAGUUUCUAAACUUUACCAAUAGAGUUCUGUACUACUUCUUCUUAUUAUUAAUAUUAUUCUAGCAUUUUGAAAGUAAACAGCAUCCUUGCACAGAUUAAAUUAACAACAAUCUGAAAAUCCUUCAGAGCCACAAAAGACAUUUUGUUUUGUUUUUUAUAAACCCUGCACUACAUCUGUUUCUGUAAAUAUGAAGAUGUGAGAUGAAUUUCUCUUCUUUUUUAAAGCCAACAACAACAAAUGCUCACACUGUUUACUGUACAUGGUGUACACACUUAAAACGCAUCACACCACACAUCCCUGCACCCGUACAUUUGCAUGUGCGUUUGCACAAACUAUCAGAAGAGUUCUGAAGCCAAGUGUGUGACGUGCCAAACGGACUGAGAAGCAAUCAGAGCUCUCAAACGGCAGCUGCUGAAACUGAAACCUGAGCCAGCAGAAGCUCUCAUCGCCAAGAGACGGAACAAAAAUAAUGUGAAGACUUUUUCAAAACUCUACUGCAUCGAUGGUGCCAACAAUGACGACGAGGAGGACGAUGAAGAGUGGACAAAGAGAGCAUUUGCAUGUCACUUAAUUAUUUCUUUUCUUUCAGAUCAACCUGUCAGCCUGAACCCUUGUAACUGGCUGCUUAAUAGUGUUUGAUAAUGAUAGCCGUUAGAAGAAUAUAAACGAUUUUAAUUAAAGUACUAAUGUUGUUCCUGUUAUGUAAGUGUAUGCUUUUCGAGAAUUUGAUUCUGCUAUUUUAUUUCUACAAAAAGCUGAUUUUUGUUCGACUAGUUUUAAGCUUAAUGAUAAGCUACAACAAGCUUCAAACGGCCAAGGUGUGCGCCUCAGUUUCUGCUAAAAGACACAUAUCAUUGUCGCCAUGAUCACAUGUGACUGGUUUAUCUUUGGGACUUAGGCUACGUUCACACUGCAACCUCAAGUGACCCAAUUCCAAUUUUUUUUCUUAAAUUGGAUUUGUUUUUUAUUUAAUCUAUUUAUUUAUAAUUUUUUGUUUCUUUGGCGUGGUCAUUCAUAUUUCCAAAUAUGCGACCUGUACGUGAUCACAAGUGUGAACAGCAAACGCAUGCGCAGUAGAGGGCGCAAUAACGUCACACAUACAGAACGUGCUCAGUGUUUUGCCAACCGCCGUCAAAAAGAAGUAGUGCUCAGUGUUUGCGGAAGUAAACAUGGAUGCUAAUGGUGGAGCAUAGUUUACGAAUUUGAAGUUGUUGUCCGACCGGAGCCAGCACAUCAACGACUUAAUCCUCAUUAUCGUCCGCCAUGGUUGUUGUUUUUCUUCCCGCUUGCACAUAUCAGGACGCAGAAUAGGGACGUUUGUCGAGUAUCAGUGACGUUCAGGUCGGAUUAAUGCGACCUGAACGUCAGGUUACAUUUGAAUCGGAAACCCAAGUGACCUGAAUCGUAUUCAAAAAAAAUCCGAGCUGUGUGGUUCAGAGUGUCAUGAAAAGAUCAGAUACAGGUCGCAUUAAGGCAAAAAAUAAAAAAAUCAGAAUUGGGUCACAUCGGACUGCAGUGCAGCCUAAGGUGUGUGGAAAUCAUCACAGUUCAUUGCUGAUUUUGUGUUUGUUUAAUCUCUUGUUAUAAAAAAAAAAAUUGAAAAAAAAAAAGGUUACUUUUCAGUGGUGAAGUUUUCAGUGUAAGGCAGUUUGUGGGUUAUAUUUAACAUAUUGCCUCGUGAAUACAUGAAUAGGCAGAGCGGUACUGUAUCAGGGUGACAUUUCUCAAAAGGCUUGGGACAGAGUGCAAUCUGAAUCUGUUACUGUAAUAUUUAUUAUGUAUGUGUGCAUUUCGAGUUGGUCUUUUUAUUAGUGACUACGUCUGAUGCUAGCUAACUAUAAUGCCCUGCAAAACUACCAACAAAACUAUUUUGCAUUUUGUCAUGUUACAGUUUUUCAUUGGAUUUGGGGAUUUAUUUUAUGUGAUAGACCGACACAAGUGACUCUUUAAGAUUCUGACAAUAAAGAAGUACGUAUGCAAUUUAAAAACUGCACUUAUUCAGUUUUUAAAUUGAAUAAUUGCUUUUAAUUAACGCAACAGAAUUAUACUAAAAGUAACAGGUGUUUUCAUUAUUUUUAUAUAUUUUUUCUAUUUUGAUAGAAAUUAUGUGCAGAUAUGAACACUCCAUCUUAAAAAUUGUAACCAUCAGCUUUUAGAAAAAAAUGUUUUUCUUUAUGUUUAAACUUAAAAAUAGGAAACAAAUUGUGGUUCUUUAAAAAUAAUAGAUUUUCUGUAGUGGAUAUUUAUCAAAAACUAAGUUUUUUAAAUGCUAUGUAAUAUUUGCAGCUGUAAUAUACCAACAAUUAGAUUUUAAUUAGAAGUAUCUGAGAAACAUACCCACAUAACAAUUAUUAGCUUUUAAUUAAAUGAAAAUCAUAAUUUUCAUUUAUUAUUCACAACGUCGUGUUGGUCUGUCACAUACUUUGAUGCUAUACAUUGAAGUUUGUGCGUGUAAAGUGACAAAAUGUGAAAGAAGAGCUUUGCAAGGCAACGUGUGAAGGAGCCAGAACUCAAAUGGAUGCACAGCUACAUAUCGCCUCCGCAGGUGAGCUUUUGGUUAUGAAAAGGACUGAAUUUGUUGUAUUAUGACUUUUUAUUUAUGUUAUUUAAUAUGCAAAUGUCACUAUAAGGGGGAUUGACUGUAUUCACAAAUGAACACUCAUUGUGUUGAUACUUGGUUUGUAAUCUGAAUAUUUACAGUAAAUAUUAAACAUGCAUGCUCUCCACAAUUGUCAGUGAGUUAUGUAGUGUUUUUUGAGUAUAUCACAUAUUUAAUAUCUCCCACAGAAAACACUGAUGCAAAAUUUUAUGUUUUAUUAGGCGGGUUUUUUCUGUUUUUUAAUUGAGGGCAGAUUUUGCUCUUGUGACAGUUCAGCUUCCCAUCCACCAGGGGGCAGUAACUUUUUUAACCACCCAACACUCGCUAACAGUAAAACCAGAUUCUGGACUGACAGGGACGAACCUCUCCAGUCAUAAUGAACAUAAUGAGAUUCUUUUUUAAGAAAUUCAUUUAAAAUUCACUUCAUUGCAAUUUCGAUGCAAUUUUAUUCUUUCCCUUUCGAACACAUUGAUACAUAUCAACUAAAGUUUAGUUCCUAAUAUUAGAUAUUCUACAUCAGAUUCUGGUUGGAAAACACAAACCUCAGGUUUAUCUUUGCUUUUUACUUAUGUUUUUUAUGUUGGAGACCUGAAAUCUAGAGAAAAAAAAUUAUGGAAUGUUUAAAAUAAACACCUUAGGUUCAUAAAAUGUCAAAUAUUAAAUUGCAUGUUUUGCAGUUUGUUCUUUCAUUAAUUGAUGUUUUUUGUGGCAUCAAUCAUAUAAGAUGCCGCAAAAAAACAUUUUUCUUUCAUAGAUUUAUUUUUAGCGCUC